AUGGACACAAUAAUCUGCUUCUUCUUCUUCUCUCCUCGCUGGUUGCUGGUGUCACCAGGUAACUUCCAGUUGAGCAAAGGAGGAGAGGUGCUGAAGCUGUACAGCGAGGUGGAGGCAAAGUGUCUGGACUGCCUGAUGAGAGACCCGCUGAGGCCCUUUGUCCCGCAGUACCACGGUUUGGUCAAGAGAGGGGAGAGCUGCUACAUCCGGCUGGAGGACCUGCUGAGCGGCCUGAGGAAGCCCAUUAUCAUGGACUGCAAGAUGGGAGUCAGGACAUACCAGGAGGAAGAACUGAUUAAAUCUCGCACCAAACCCACCCUGCGCAGCGACAUGUACCAGAAAAUGGUGGAAAUAGACCCAUCUGCUCCAUCAGCAGAGGAACAUGCGCAGAAAGGGGUGACUAAAUGGCGCUACCUCCAGUGGAGGGAUUCAACCAGUUCUACGUCCACACUGGGCUUCAGGAUAGAGGGCAUUAUGAUGGAAGACACCAGUGUUCAGCGGGACUUCAGAAAGAUUCAGACUUUAGCUCAGGUGACGGAGGCGCUGUUGUACUUCACUGGUGGUCAGCUGGAAACUCUGAGAGCGUACCACUCCAGACUACUGGCCCUGAGCGACGCACUGAAGAAUUCACUGUUUUUCAGAACCCACGAGGUUGGUUUACAUGUGGAGAAAAAUGUUCUCUAAUUCAAAUCAGCUUUAAACAACAUUAUCUAACAGGGAAGCUGCUCAUCCAGGUUAUGUUCACUUCACUCAGAUUCCUCCGGUAAUCUUACAAUGAGUCUGUGUAUCUAUCUGUUGACCUGAC